UUAUGCAAAAACCCUAUUCGUAAAAAACCCUCUACACUCUACAGCUUUGAGUGCUUGACGGGAAAUCAACGCGAAAAUGUCAGUUGAUUCCACGCCGCCGGUGGACAAGCUCUCCCUGAGCGACUCCGUCGCUAAAGCAGAGUUCUCACAACGAGUCCUGAUAAAGUCUAUUCUUGGCCGUCCAGACGCCGGAGCUGGACUCGCCGGCCAAGUCGUCAAAAUUGGUGGAUGGGUUAAAACCGGCAGGGAGCAAGGGAAGGGGGCGUUUGCAUUCCUGGAAGUGAAUGACGGGUCGUGCCCGGCGAAUCUACAGGUCAUCGUCGACGCUGCCGUUCACAAGCUCGGUGAUUUGGUUGCUACGGGGACAUGCGUUCACGUGGAGGGACUGCUGAAGUUGCCCCCUGAAGGCACGAAGCAGAAGGUCGAGCUUCGGGUUCAGAAGGUCAUCGCGGUUGGUACUGUCGAUGCUGCUAAAUAUCCUUUGCCGAAGACCAAACUCACACUUGAGUUUCUUCGGGAUGUUGUUCAUCUUCGCUCGCGAACCAACACUAUUUCUUCACUUGCAAGAAUCCGCAAUGCCCUGGCAUAUGCCACUCACACAUUCUUCCAAAAGCAUGGGUUUUUAUAUGUCCAUACUCCAAUCGUUACCACCAGUGAUUGUGAGGGUGCUGGAGAGAUGUUUCAAGUCACAACUUUAAUUAGUGAGGCAGAAAAAUUGGAGAAGGAUAUGAAAGAAAACCCUCCUCCUUCUGAUUCUGAUAUCAAAGCUGCUGAGCAACUUGUUAAGGAGAAAGGAGAAGCUGUUGCUAAACUAAAAUCUGAGAGAGCGAGCAUUGGGAAAGAUGAUCCUGGUGUUGCUGAGAUCAAUAAGAAAAUAAGUGCUGCGGUUGGUGAGCUAACAAGGGCUAAGGAGAAUCUUGCGAAGUUGGAAGAAAGAUUCAAAUUGGGAGAGAGGUGUAAGCAUGCUGCUGGUAUGCCUAUGAAGGAUGGGAAGAUUGACUACUCUCAGGAUUUCUUUGCCCGUCAAGCCUUCUUGACUGUUUCUGGGCAGUUGCAAGUUGAAACUUAUGCCUGUGCACUUUCUAGUGUUUACACAUUUGGUCCAACUUUUCGAGCUGAGCAUUCCCACACUUCAAGACAUCUUGCUGAAUUCUGGAUGGUGGAGCCUGAAUUAGCUUUUGCUGAUAUUGAGGAUGAUAUGAAAUGUGCAGAGGCAUAUGUGAGAUUUCUGUGCCAGUGGUUACUUGACAACUGCCUAGAUGACAUGGAAUUUAUUGCUAAGUUUAUUGACAAAGGUGCCAUUGAUAGACUUAGGUUGGUUGCUUCAUCCGAUUUUCGUCGGAUAACUUAUACAGAAGCCAUUACCAUUCUUGAGGAAGCAACCAAAGUCAAAAAAUUUGAGAAUAAAGUAGAAUGGGGGAUUGACUUGGCAUCUGAACAUGAAAGGUACUUAACUGAAGAGCAUUUUAAAGCACCCACUAUUGUGUACAACUACCCAAAAGGGAUCAAAGCAUUUUACAUGAAGGUCAAUGAAGACAAGAAGACAGUUGCUGCCAUGGACCUGCUUGUCCCAAAGGUGGGAGAACUAAUCGGUGGAAGUCAAAGGGAAGAGAAUUAUGAGGUCCUCAGAGAUAGGAUACUGGAGAUGGGUUUGCCACUAGAGCCGUAUGAGUGGUAUCUUGACCUUAGGCGCUAUGGUACUGUGAAACACAGCGGUUUUGGUUUGGGUUUCGAGAGAAUGAUUCUGUUUGCAACGGGGGUGGAAAACAUCCGAGAUGUCAUUCCCUUCCCGCGAUAUCCUGGAAGAGCUGAUCUCUGAAAUGAUGUUUCAUAGAUUGUUAUUGGAUCCAAGAGAUUUUGAAAUCGAAAUAGCCUUGUGUGCCCCUUGAAUUUCUUUACUCCCUAUUUAGAUAAAUAUGAAUACAUAUGAUGACGAUUUGUCAUACCCUUUUCACUGAAUUGAAGAUGUAGGAUCUCUGUAAUCUCCAUUGUUCAAUUAUUGCACCAAGACUUUUGUAAAAUCUGCUACAUUACUUAACUAAAGUAUAUCAUGAAUUUGAUACAUAUUGCCUUUGUGCAUUUUGGCAAUAUUUGAUUA